GGCAGAUUUCUGGUGACAAUUUCGAAAACCGUCACCGACGGUCUAGUACAGCCCUGCAGCCCGCCCGCAGCCCACUUGAGCCCGCCCAAACCAUUCAUGUAUAAAACCGACCUAACCCUAGCGCACUCCCUUCCACAAUCUCUUCUACCUCCGCCGCCGCCCCCAGAAUCUUAUCCCUCUUCCUCAAUCCCCUCCACUACCCCUCCUCUGCAGCCCCACCGUUCCGGCGGUCUCUCCUUCCUCCAUCUCCCCACCUGCGCCCUCCCUCUUACCGAGACUCUCCCGUACAUCCUCCAGUACCACUCCCACUGGUUACCCUCCCUCCCCCAUCCCGCUUGUGGUUCUGAUCUAGGGAGUUCGACGGCGACGGCGCCCACAGGAGCAAUGGCAGCUGCAACUUGGGCACGCGCAGAUCCGGCACAGAGCUCAAGCCCGACGUCGGCCUUGUCGGAGUUGAGCGGCCGUGCGACGGCUCGCUGGAGGCAGCAGCCAACCCUAGUCGCCACUGGUCACCAGCGCCUGGCCCACCUCUCCUGUUGGCUUCCUCGACGCCGUGGCCUAGUGCUACUGCGUGACUGCAGUGGCGGCCUUCACCAUUGUCAAGCCCUGAGUGAGUAUAUUUGUUUCGCCUCUGCACAUGGUUGUUGGCGGUGGGCAUGGUGGGUGAGCAUGGCUCCUUUCUGCAACUCUCAAGUGCAGGUCACUGGUAUAUAAGGUUUUUGCAAGUGAAUACGGUACACAUAAAUCCGAGGCUCCUGUUUCAGAACAGUUACAAGAAAACGCAAAGUGUUGUACUAAUGAUGUUUGUAAAUCCUCCAUGAGCCAUCUAUGUAAAUGUGUAAUUGCUGGGUCAUCUAAACAGUAGCCUGAUGCUAAUAAGCUUCAGCUGCUAUGUGAAAAUUAUACAACUAUGUAAAUAUCUUUUGCUGGUCAUCUAAAGAGUAAUGUGAUUGUAAUAAGCUUUGGCUGCUA